AUGACGAUCCCUGUUCCCCUGUCGACAACCAACCGCGGGCGGAGGGGGACGGGCGUUGCACGGAGGCGUUCGUGCCUGUCCCUUCUGUUUCUCGCGCUUUGUUGUUUCUGCGUGAGCGAGACAGAAUCGACAUCGCGUGCUCCUUCGACAUCGCGGGGAACUUCGCAGCCCGCAGUUCAAUCGGCGGGUCUGGAGAAGGCGGAGUCACAGACUGUGGGGGACUCACCAAAGAAAUUUGUCUCUUCAACGCCGCCCUCGCCGGCUCCUCUACCGGAUGAGGCGCCUUCCACAGCUCACCAGACGCUCAGCCAGCGGCUCGCUUCAGAUGUACAGACACCUGAGAAUGUGGAAGAGGGCGAGGCGUCGCGAGGCGUGAGGAGGGGGGCAGAGCCGAAGGAGGGACGCCAGAGGGAGAACGGAGGGGAGCAGGUGGAGAGGGGAGGGCGUGGAGAAGUGAGUGAGACUCAGACGAUACGGCAGACGCAAACUUCAGAGGACAAGCGGGAGAAGGAAGAAGUGGGCAUGGACGAAAGACGAGGCGUCAAAGACGAGGAAGCUUAUCCCAUUCCAAGAGGCGUGAAUCCACGGUUCGCAGCUGCGUAUACACCUCAGUUUCCACCUGCUUCGUCGACGGCGUUUCUGUACCGCCCGGCGCAGCUGCGGCGCGGGGCGCGUGCUGGGGCCUUCUUCAAGUGCCCAUCGACAGGCCUGCUGAUUCCCUGGGAGAUGCUGAACGACAACUUCUGCGACUGCCGCGGGGACGGCUUCGACGAGCCGGGCACGGACGCAUGCAGCGGCGUGGCGCCUGUCCAUACAGGGGCGGCCGAGCGCCUCCGCGCUGCCCUCCAUGCCUUCAUCCACAGUCGCAAGGUGACGGAGAAUUCCGGAUACGAAGAACAAAGAGAAGGGAGAGUCGAAGAAGAACGAGAAGGCGCACAGGCUAAGCGCGAGAUGGAACGCGAGGACAAGGUUUGUGGAGCUGCCGGCGGAUGUGGCGACAAGGUGUUUGGGAAACUCAAGGGCGCCGCCGGUUUCUUCUGCGCCGGGGGACAGGUUCACGAAGGCCUGGGGAAGCUGCGCGUGAUUUCGCCGAUGAAAGUCCACGACGGGAUCUGCGACUGCUGCGACGGGGCCGACGAACGCGCAGGCGUCUCGCUGCUUCGCGUUUCGGCCGUCGCCUUCCGGCCCUUCACGCCGUCCUUUCCGUUUCGGAAGUCGCCGCGCCCUACAGCGUGUCCGAAUCGGUGCGCCGAGGAGAAGGCGCAGUGGGAAGCCGCAGUGAGGGACCAGCAGGGACGCCUCGCCUCGGCGCGAGCUCAAGCGGCCGCGCAGCAGCAGCGGGUGGCGCAGGUGGUUCAGCGCCGCGCGAACGAGAAGCGGCGAGUCGAGGCGGAGGCGGCGCGGCUGCAGCAAGUGCUCGACUGCAUGUGGAUGGCCCGCGAGGCGAAGCGGCGCGGGGAAGCGAGCGCAGAGCCCGUGGGGUAUGUUCACCACAAUGCAGCCUUCCAGCGGGCGGUGAAGCGGGAGAUCCUCGCCGCGAGAGACAGCGAGGCGGGGCAGGCGCUGAAGGCGGAGGCCGAGGCCGAAGCGGAGGCGGAGCGGCGACAGCUGUGGUGCGAGCAGAUCGUUCGCGAGGUCCUGGAAGAGCGGCAGGCAGCCGGUGUCGAGACUCUCGAAGAGGACGACGAAGACGAGCUGAGCGUCACGUUCGGCGCACAGCUCUCGGGGCCUCCGGCGGCGUUCACCAGACCCGAGGAAGUCGCGCUCUUUCCGCCGCCGCGACUCCAGUACGACCUGCGCCUCGAACAAGGGAAACAAGCGGCGUCGAAGGCCGAGGAAGGCGGGAAGAACCAAGAACAGCGCCCGCAAACCGAAGAAGAAAAACACGCAGCUGCAGUCGCGGAGAAGGCCGAAGCUUCCCGACACGCCGCUCUCGAGGCCUACCUCAAGCAACAGAGUCGUGGGGAGGGGACUGACGAUGAAGACGCAGAAGGCGACGAAGGUGCAAGUGUAUCCGCGACGCUGGGCGCAGCGUGGAAGCGCGUGUGGGAGGGCGCCAAGCACGUUGCGCAGCGCGGGGUCCGGGCGAUCCAGCGAGGUCUGUCUUGGGUGGGUAUUGGUCCGACUCGGAAGAAAAAAGGCUUAGGCUCUCUCCAAAGGUCGCUCGAAGCGCUGAAGGAGAAACAGACGAGGCUCGACAUUCAGCUAAAGAAUUUAGAGGGCGUGAAAGCCCUGCUGGCCCCUCUCUCCUCUGCGUGUCUCUUCACGUCCGACCCCCGUGGACGCUUCGACUUCCAGAUCUGCCUCUUUGACAGAGUGAGGCAGUUUUUCUACCGGCCUCGUCGAGCGCACGAGGCUAUGGCCGCUUACCAAAACCACCCGCGCGUGGAAGGCGAGAGCCCAGACAUCUCACGCUUCACGGGCGGCCCGCCCGGUGAACCGCAGUUUACCUUGGGACGUUUCCGCUCGUUGGAGGUUGUGAAAUGCCCGAAGGGCGCCGCGGCGGCGACGCACAGACUGCUGGGGCGAAAGGAGACGAGGCGAGCGCCUGCUGAGAGCAGGAGCGAGGCGACCGAAGGUAAAACAGACGAAGCCACGGGUUUCGCCUUUCGACCGGACGACAACGCAGGGGGCGACGACGACGAAGAGGACAGUGCGGCCGUCUCGCAGGGCGGCGACCAUGAGUUCUGCUUCUCGAUGCUCUUCGCCGACGGAGAUGCUUGUCUCAACGACGUUCACCGCGAAACAGAGAUUCUCAUUCACUGUGGGCCAGAGCUCUUCGUUGUGCAGGUCCAGGAGCCGGUCUUGUGUCGCUACUCCGUCGUUCUGACAACUCCCCUGCUAUGUCCCCGCGAGCAGCUGCUGCAGCUAGAAAAGGAGCGGUUCGCGGUGUACCACGACGAGCUGUAG